GACUUCAGCAUCCCCUCUCUUACUACGCUAUCCUGAGGUUGCUCAAACAGCUGGUCCAUUACGCGUACCCAUCCUCAACAUGUGCGCUCAAAAAUCUAACGCUCAGAAUCUCUCGUUCGUCCUUGAAGGAGUCCAUCGAGUCAAAUUCGAAGACCGGCCGGUUCCCGAAAUCAAUGAUCCCCACGAUGUACUUGUGAACGUUAGGUUCACUGGUAUAUGCGGUAGUGAUGUUCAUUACUGGGAACAUGGAUCUAUCGGGCAGUUUGUUGUGAAGGAUCCUAUGGUCCUGGGACACGAGUCGUCCGGAGUCAUCAGCAAGGUUGGCUCUGCAGUCACGAGCUUAAGGGUAGGGGAUCGCAUUGCCAUGGAACCCGGUAUCCCUUGUCGCCGAUGCGAGCCUUGUAAAGCGGGAAAAUAUAACCUCUGUGAGAAAAUGGCCUUUGCGGCAACUCCUCCGUACGAUGGCACCCUGGCCAAGUAUUACGUCCUGCCCGAGGAUUUCUGCUAUCAGGUUCCUGAAAGCAUCACCUUACAGGAGGCCGCAGUUAUGGAGCCUCUUGGCGUCGCCGUACACAUCGUCAAGCAAGCAGGUGUCAAACCAGGCCAAUCGGUGGUAGUAUUUGGAGCCGGUCCCGUCGGACUUCUGUGCUGUGCCGUGGCGAAGGCUUACGGUGCGUCCAAGAUUAUCGCGGUGGAUAUUCAGAAGGACAGGCUGGAGUUCGCCAAAAAUUAUGCGGCGACUGCCACAUUUGAGCCAGCCAAAGCGACCCCGUCGGUGAAUGCUCAACAGAUGAUCGAGGAAAAUGGCCUGGGUUCGGGCGCAGAUGUCGCCAUUGACGCAUCAGGAGCUGAGCCCUCAGUGCACACAGGCAUACAUGUGCUCCGUGCUGGCGGAACAUAUGUUCAGGGUGGUAUGGGUAAAAGCGAGAUCACCUUUCCGAUUAUGGCAGCUUGCACGAAAGAAUUGAACGUGAAGGGCAGCUUCCGUUAUGGCAGUGGUGAUUAUAAGCUCGCAAUCUCGCUGGUGGCGUCUGGCAAGGUUAACGUGAAGGAACUGAUCACGGGAAUUGUCCAAUUCGAAGACGCUGAGCGAGCAUUCGAAGAGGUUAAAUCUGGGAAGGGCAUCAAGACUCUUAUCGCUGGCCUCGACUCAUGAGACUCUUUCAGGCACCAUGGACAUGUAACAAAUGCAGCGGAGGCAGACCGCAAACGAUUUCCAUCGAUGCCUCCACCAAUCCGCUCUCUCUUUAUUAUAAUCGCUGCUCUCUCCCUUGGUAUAUCUUACCCUUUCUCCCCUGUCUUUUAUGGGGUAGUAAGGCAAGCUGGUGCGUCCCCAGGCAAACCGGCGAGGCAUGCAUGUAGAGAGGCAGGAUCAGGGUCCAGUCCCAUGCCCUGCUCAGGUUACUUGCCCGAUUAAGAUAAUGCUGGGGUGAUCUUGCCGUCUGAAGCUGGCACCUUAUGUAGUGAUAAUAGCGGGAAUCAUAAAAAGUGACCGGUGGGGUUGAAUGAGAUUACACAAGAGCGAG